AUGCGACGAGGAAAAGCAACAGCGACGGCGACGGUAAAAGCGAUCGGAUCAGGAUCUGUGAGAAACCCAGAAAAAGAGCAACGAUUUCGCGGCGUACGGAAGCGGCCAUGGGGUCGAUUCGCCGCCGAGAUUAGAGACCCGUUGAAGAAGACCCGAGUAUGGCUUGGAACCUUCGAUUCCGCCGAGGACGCUGCUCGAGCCUACGACGCCGCCGCACUGUCACUCCGCGGCCCCAAAACAAAAACCAAUUUCCCAUCAUUGCCGAUUGCAAUUCAAGAAAACCCCAAUGUUGAGAACAAUCAACACAGAGAUCAACAUCGUUUUCAAAUGUUUGAACAGUUUCGUCAUUCACGCCAUACGUCGAGCAGUUUGAGUUCGACCCUGGAGUCGUCUAGUGGGCCAAGACCCUCGAAUCCACCACCGCCCCGGAUAAGAAUCGAACGCCGGUUAAAGCCACCAGUGCCGCCGGAUGAUUGCCACAGCGAUUGUGACUCAUCGUCAUCGGUGAUUGACGAUUUGGCUGCAGAUCAGACGUCGUCGUUUCACAAGCCUUUACCCUUUGAUCUGAACCAGCCUCCGCCUUUGGAUGAGAUUGACGGUGCUGAAGCUGAUGAUUUCCACGCCACUGCUCUAUGCCUAUGA